UUUAGAACGCAGGAAAACACAUCGCUGGAUCUAGAGGUUGUUAAAUUCCUCGGUAUACAUAUCGCUUGUAAAAUAAGAAUUUUAGUUUUACUGUUUGGGGGUUAAUAGAAUGGAAGUAAUCGAGACAAUGGUGAUACCGAAUACUGAAGUGGAUGGAAAGGAAACGGUCGUGUCAAGUAUGGACAACGAUAAAGCAAAAGCUGAAUUUAUUUGGACGCUGCAAGCUACAUGGCACCUUGUCAAUACACGAUUGGAAAUGGAUCAGGCAUUUGACCAGCCAGUUUGCAAGAAAAAGAAACUAUGGGAACUAGUAGCAGAGAAAGUGAACGCCAAACUCAGGGAAUCGGAGGUCACUGAUAUCACUGUAAAGGCAUACGAGUGUGACCUCAAGUGGAGAAACAUGCUGGCCACAUACAGAAAGAAUGCAGAAAGGGCCAAGCGGCUGGGGACAACUGGUGUUCAUUGGGAGUUCUUCAAAGCCAUGCACGAGGUCUUGGGUAAAAGCAGGGAGGAGAUUGAAGCUCAGCGCAGGGCCAAGUUCAGUGGGACAAGAGUUGGCAAGGCCAUUGCCAGUAAGAGGUUUACCCCUAUCCUCCCUACACCUCCUACGACAUCUACUCCCAUCACAACCAGGCCUCCUCAGGACAUACUGCAACUGUACAUGGAGCUCCAGGAGAGGAAGAUGAACAUGUGGGCACAGCAGAAAGCACUGGAGGAAAGGAAAAUAGAAGCCAUCAACAAUCUGGCCCAGGCUAUCUCCAACCUGGCUCAGAGGAACAGCACACAGACAAAGGAUGGACACUAGGCCAGAGGAGACAUUUUGUUUUUUUUUGUUUUUUUUACAUACUUGAAAACCUAAGUGAUGCUGCACAAUCCAUAAUUGUUAAUGUCUGUGAAACAUCCUUGUAGAUUGCUACUCAUUUUUUUACAGUUACAGUUGAUUAAAUAGUUCACAUGGUGUCAUUAUAUCAACAAGCAAAUCAUAAAAGACAGAAUUCAUACUUCCAACAGGAGGACACAGACCCACCUGUCAUUUUCUCAUCCCAAAUACAUAAAAAAUGUCCUUUUAAACCCAAACAAGAAUAGUAAUGAAUGGUUAAAUAUAAAAGUAAAUAACACAUGAGGCAUCCUGCUGCCACCUAAUUAAAGCAGACAAUCUUGAUUUAUUUUUAUAGGAGACCCAGAUAUAACUGAAGAAUUCAAAAAAUAAAAAAUAUAACUGUCAAUGCUAAAGAUAUAUUUAUAAUCAUGAAGAAAAUGUGUCAAUAAUAGCAUGUUUAUUGCAGUGCCUUUUUCAAAUGUUUAAAGAUAUGCCAGACUUCAGAUUCAAUACCUUUCAGUGGUCACAGCAGCACAGUAGAUAUGUCUACACUGCAAUUGUUAGUAAUAUAAAUAUACAGAAUUAUAUUCUGGUGUGGCUGUUACAACAUGAAUGCUGCCAGUAUUAAUGAUAAUGGUAUUUAAAAGUUAGUUUUUUUUUAUUUUUGUCAGGAUGAAUCCCAGUACAAUAAUGAGCCCGACAAUAAAUAGUAACGUCACAA